GUGACCACCUCCGUCUCGUCGCAUCUCCCACCCUUUUGUCCUCUUCCUUUCCCACGCCACCGCGCACGAACUCCAAAGCACGCGCCCGAGCCGCCGCCGCCUCCCAAAGAUGACGCCGCCACCGCACCCGUCACCUCCAUCGGGCUCGCUUGCGCCGGUGCCGGAGCGGCGCCUCGCCGUGCUCCUCUCCCACCUCCACCCGAGCGCGUGCCCGCCCCCGCCCACCACCGCACGCCUCGCCAGCGCCGAGCGCCUCAGGACGGCGGCCGCGGCGGAGGCGAGCCUCUCCGCGUCGCCCUGCGCUGGAGGCGGAGCGGAGGGGGAGUCCUCGGGAGGCGGACACUGCGUGUUCUGCAACAUCGUCGCGGGCAUCUCCCAGGCCUUCAAGCUGUACGAGGAUGAUGUGUGCUUGUGCAUCCUGGAUGCUAAACCACUAACAGCUGGGCAUUCCCUGAUCAUUCCAAAAAGCCAUUAUCCAUCACUGCAAACAACGCCACCAACUGUACUAGCAGCUAUCUGCUCUAAACUGCCGCUCCUGGGCACUGCAAUCAUGAAGGCCACUCAAUGUGAUGCAUUCAAUGUGCUAAUCAACAAUGGAGAGAAGGCAGGGCAAGUUAUUUUUCAUACUCAUAUCCACAUCAUUCCCCGCUGCAAAGAUGAUAACCUGUGGUCUUCAGAGACCUAUUCGAGGAACCCCCUUUCACAUAACCAUGAAACUAAGAAUCUUGUUAGCUACAUCAAGGAAGUACUCUCUUCUUCCUUCGAGGGCUACAGUACUGCCACGUCAUCAAUGCCAAGGAACUCUGAAACAACUCAACAAGACAGUAGGCUUGAAGUGAGAACCGGCAAACCUGGGCCGGGUGUUGAUGGUGGAUUCCCAUCUGCACAAUGUUUUGAUCUUUUCAGAACCUAAAGACGAGACAUGGAUAUAAGAAUGCGUACCUAUGGUGGCGAAUUGAAUCACUUGCCGUUUUCUUUCCGAAGCUAGUGAGAUAAGAUCACCGCAUGUGCUGUCUCUUGCAUUCUUCUCUAUAGCUGUGUUUAUUUGAAUUUAAAGUGCUUGUGCCUUGUUGUUUUAAGUUUUUUCAGUUGCAUGUAUGGUACAUAUUUUGGUGUUUGCUGUUUUAUUUUACUAGGAAGUUAUUGGUUAUGUAAUCUUAUCUUAUUAUACUAAAGCGCGUCGCUUUCUCACAACCACGUGGAGCCAUGUCAGCAAGAAAUCGAUGGUUGUCGGAUUGCAA